GGGAAUCGAACCCGGGUCCUUUCGCUUGCGAGUGCAGCAUUGAUUAACCGCAAGAUCAACGCAAUCUGGGCUGGUAGUUUGGAAGGAUGCAUUCCCUUGUCUUCUUCUGCGCUCAGAAAGUCAUCUCUGACCAUGCCUCGACCCGUAAAGCCCUGGACUCCAUCCCGCACGAGAUCUAUCCGGUGCUCUUCAAAGCUGCUUUCCUCGACCAACGGAUCCUGGUGCUACGUGACUUGGUCCAGAUGUGGCCAUUUGCUGAGCUCAACUUCUCCAGCAUCCUCAAGAAGAGCAAGCACUGCGACCAGGACAUGAUCCGAGAGAAGCCCAACAAGCAGUGCCUGCAAGCUGUGAUCCUCGGGGUGAAGGAUUACGUGAUCAACGAGCUGCGACAGAACCGAAGCCUCACCAGCAGAAAAACUAGAGCAUCAACAUCAAAGGACAAGUACACAUUUAGAAAACCAAAAGCAGCAGCGCCAAAGGACAGGAACAAGUCUAGGAAAAACAGAUUACUCCGCAUUGUGGAUCUUACAGGAUUCCCGGAUGAUGGUGACAAUCAAGAUGAAGACACCAUUAGCCAAUGGUCCCGGUCUGUGGCUCUGGCCAAAGCCUGCAUUGAAGUGUCUAGGACGAGCAAGAGGGAGGAAUAUAAUUCAUCCAAACGGAGGAAGGGGAAGGGAGGUGUCCCAAUGAAGGGUUCCUGCGACUCUCAAAUGUGUGUCAAUAUCCAUGCCAACCUCUUCAUCACCAGCCAUUCCUACGGGACAGUGAAAGAUGCCCUGCAUCUGAGCCAAACCUUCCCCUUGUGUCUGAAGUGCCGAGUCCUACGAGUAGAAGAGUUAUCAGUGAAGAAGACCAUCAGCAUUUUGGAGCUCUUGGAUCCCAUGGUUCUCCGGAAGAUUGAGUUGAGAUACAACAAUCUGGGUCUCUGUUGCCUGAGUACCGUGUUCCCAUACAUCCCGCGCUUUGUGAACCUCAAUAGCCUCAAACUGCCCUACAGUAAUAUCGACGUCAGGUACAUGACCCUGGAGGUAGAAGAGUUUUUCCAGAAAAUGGUCUCGGUUCUCAGUCAACUGCCCAACCUGAAGGAGCUGAACCUGGUGUCCUCUAGGCUAUCUGGAAGGAUCCGGGAACUGCUGAGUGUCUUGCAACAACCUCUGGAAAGCUUGGAGCUCGCCUACUGUUUCCUUCUGCCAGCUGAUGUAACGUACUUGGCCAGUAGCCACCAUGCAGCCACCUUGAAGAAGUUGGACGUGAGCGGCAACAAUCUGUCUGAUGUUCUGCUAAACCCAUUCUGCCAGUUACUGCAGCAAGCCUCCAACUCGCUUAUCUAUCUGGACAUCAUGGAGUGCCGGGUGAUGGACCGCCAACUGUCUGCGUUCCUACCUGCGCUCAGGCAGUGCUCUCAGCUCCAGUACUUCAGUUGCUUCUGUAACCCCAUCUCCAGCGAAGGCUUGAAGUCCCUGCUUCACUGUGUCGUGGAGCUGCCCAACCUCAAGGUUGUCGUACACCCCAAUCCCGUUGAUUGCUAUGAAGAGGGACUGCCUUGGCCGCCGUCCACCUACGAUCUGAUUGAUUACAGUGUUGACCAGGAAAAGCUGAGCAGGGUUGAUGCUGAACUGAAUGAAAUCCGUCUCAAUGCGGUUCGGACUGAUAUUGUCACAACAGUUAAACUAUACAAUAUAGAGUGGUACUGAAGUGUCCCCCAUUCACAACUGAAACAGCUUGUAUUAAAUGCGUUUGAGACAGGAAUGACCAAUUUUUAAAUGAAUUGAUUUUCCAAGUUCACUCUUGCACAAUAGAUUGUUAGAUGGAUGUAGCCAUUAGAACAUAUACGAGUAACAUGUUCAAUAUUGCUUUGUUCGAAAGCUUUAAAGUUGUAAUAAAUAUUUUUGAGAUCUUAUCAUUUUUACUAUCCUUUUAGAAAAGCAAGGAAGAACAUACAUUGUGACAGUGCCUUAUCACAUCGUAGGACUCAAUGCACUUCAGAAUAGUUUGUGUCAAGUGUUGUGACUGUUGGCAACAAUAAGCCACUCUGCCUAGAGAAGAAGGUCAGAGGUUAUAGUAAAAUAUCAUUGACAAUUGGUUAGUUUUUAAAUAAGUUCUUUUCUCAGGAGUGUUUUAGGGGGUCUUGAAGCUGAUCAGAGGUGUAUUGGAGUUUACGAAGAGCUUGGAAAUAGUGGAUAAUUCGGUGCGGCUUUGUUGAGCUUUCUCUGUAUAACAAUUUGUAUUUAUGUGGCAUCUUUGACAAAACGAGAUUGAUUAGAAAUUAAGUCAGUGUUGUUAUUGAGGCAAAACCUUGAGAUGAGCAGUCAAUUUAUUUCAAAAAGAAAUUUGGAUGAGAGAAAAUUCCAUGCUUUUUUGAAUGGGGGAUGGGGGGGUCUGGGAGAAAGAGAUGCUUAUGGCUGUUUGAAUCGCAUGGCAGGCUGAACAUUAAUUAAUCAUAAUCAAAA